UUGGAAUUGGAACUGAAACUCUUCUCUUUAAAAUCCUCAUCAUAUUCAACUGAAACUGAAAUGACUGGAUUUCCAGAAACAGCUCCCGCGUCUCCUCCUCCGUAUGCUACUUCUUAAUUGUAAAAAAAGAAGUCAUUUUUGCACCCCCCCUCAAUGGGCUCCUCUCUUGUGUACUCCCUCUCUUUCUCCGUGUGCAAGUUUUCUAUAUGAAAUAUGAAUUGGCCACCUCCACCGUUAGCCAGCGGAUAUGUAUUUAUAAAAAGAAGAACUGAAACCGAAGAAGCGAAAGAGCCAACCGGCAUAUGUAUUUAUAAGAAAAACCGAAAGCCUUGACCGGGCCUGUCCUCUUCUUGCUCGGGAAUAGGAGGAUGUAACUAGAUUCCCUCAUUAAGAUUCAACAACAGCUUUAUCCCCAUGAAAAUGGAAAUCCUCCUCCCCAGAAACAGGAAAAACGACUACUUCUUCUCCAAAAACUGGAUCUGUUAGUGCCUCCAUUUCCCUGAUUGUGCCAGCUACGUCCUUCCUCUACUAUAUAUAUAUAUAUAUAUCUUCAAAAGGCUAAAAAUAAUGGGUUUGAAUGCAUCUGAAAGCAGCACUCGUACUAUCACCCAUGUUAAAUAAAAGAAAAAGAUGGAUUGACGACUACCGAAUGCUUUACAUCAGAAUGUCAUACUCUAGUAAAAGAUUACUACUCAAAUUUAUUUAAACGAGCCUGAUGGAUUCGACAACGGCCGGGGCAUACAGCUUCCCUUAGAGUCUUACAUGACGAAAAGGCAGAAAGAAGAUUGGUUAGAAGAUCGGAGGCUGGAUCUCUCUCCUCAUGGUUUGGGAUAUCUGCCGCUUGACCUCUCUUCCCCGAAGAAGUAUGAAGAAGAAAGAGAUCGAGAGUCCUCUAAUACAGAAAGUUGGGAUUCGAAUAUAAGCAUACCCUACUUUUUCCCUUUAGCUGUAAACUGUACCACAGCGAAGCCAUCGACGCCUCCAGGAAAUGAAGAGAGGCUGAUAGAGAGGCAAAACCAAACUAAGGUUGGAGAACUCCAAGAAACAUGGCUACAGACUGUAGCAACCGCUCACCGAAUCACGCUCCCAACUCAAAUGACCGUGUCGUUCUGCUCAAAGAAUCAUUGUGGACACAAUUGCCCGCACUGGUUAGAAGAGGAAGACCCAGAAAUAGACUGGAGCGAGAUUGACGGGUUCCUGACAGAGCCCGAGGAAGAUUUGUUUCGGGUAGUAACUGCAAAUAUGGUUUCAGUCGAAGAAGAUGGGCAAGAAAUCAUGACUUGGGAAGAUAACCCCUCUGAAGAACCUCGAGAGAACCUGAAACCAGUACCACCCACAGAUGAUGAAGUUCGACAGGUUGACCUGGGAACGGAAGGCGACCCUCGCCCAAUCUUCCUAAGUGCCAGCCUAUCAUCAGAGGAAGCUGAACAAUACGUCCAGCUCCUUAAGGAAUACUUGGACAUAUUUGCCUGGAGUUACGCUGAGAUGCCUGGGCUAGACCCUGAAAUCGCCGUCCACAGGCUUAAUAUCAAACCAGAUGCUAAGCCCAUCAAGCAAGCGCAACGACGCUUUCAUCCACUCCUCAUGAAGAAGAUUGAGAAAUAAGUGCAGAAAUUAAAGGAUGUGGGUUUCAUAAGAGAAGAGAAACAUCCCGAUUGGUUGGCAAACAUUGUUUCAGUGACCAAGAAGAACGGGCGGAUUCGGGUUUGCAUUGACUUCAGAGACCUGAAUAACGCAUUCCCUAAGGACGAAUUUCCUCUGCCGAUCGCGGAAAUCAUGAUAGACAAUACCUGCAGAUAUGAAAAGAUGUCUUUCAUGGAUGGCUUGUCUGGGUAUAACCAAAUCAAAAUGGAUCCAGACGACAAAAGGCACACGUCCUUUAGAACUCCAUUCGGUACGUACUGCUAUACAGUGAUGCCAUUCGGUCUCAAAAAUGCUGGUGCCACCUACCUUACUAGAAAGGGCUAUGAUGCAGAUAUUUCGAGAUCAACAACAUAAAACAGUAGAGUGUUACGUGGAUGACCUCGCAGUUAAAAGCAGAAAGAAGAUCACCUCGCAGAUCUACGAAGGGUCUUGGAGAUACUUCGAAAGCACAACAUGAGGAUGAAUCCCCGAUCAUGCUUUCUGGGGGUAGUAACUGGAAAGUUAUUGGGAUUUGUUAUUACAAAAGAUGGAAUCACAGUUGACCCAGCAAAAACUACAGCCAUCCUUGAAAUGAAACCACCAACUAACCUCCGGGAACUCAAACGGCUACAAAGAAGAAAUACCUCCUUCAGAAGAUUCAUCUCAAACCUAUCAGGAAGGUGUCAACCGUUUUCACGCCUAAUGAAGAAAGGGAUCGAAAAAGUAUGGGAUCAAGCCUGUGACAACGCGUUCCAGAGCAUCAAGCAAUACUUAACACAACCACCAGUCCUAGCCUAUCGAGAGGGCAAGGUUUCUAGGAAUUAGGUAUAGUAAGAUGCGCGGGCCCAGGGUGAGAAGAAGCUCUUCAUCUGAGCUAGAAAUAUCUUAAUAUAAGACAGAUCUAGGCUAGAACGAAAUCCCACUUUCUUGAUGUAGUUCCUCCGACUUGAAUCCAGAUUGCUGCCCACCUUUAGCGAACAAAUGGGACUAUGGUCAUGAUGGAAUAGAACCUCUUCCUCCUCCUACCAACUCUGCACUCUGUUCACGGUUAGCUGGGAAUUGAACUCUUCUUUCAUAGAUUGGCGAAUGUGAAAAAGAGACUUUAAUUAAGUCUUUAUCACUCAUCUUUCUAUCGAAAUGCUUGAAUCAUAGCCCUAGUCUUAGAGCUAGGAGCGAACGGUCACCUUCCUAGCCCAGCGACUUUCCAGGAAAGAAGAGCUAAGCCUUCAAGUCCUAGGUCCUAUUCCUUUCUUGCGAGAUGCUUUGAAUAGCUAUCCUUUCGUACCCGUACCUGUGGGAUUCGACUUUCCUUGGCGAUUGGGUCCAUGAUCAAAUAAGCUCUUACUUCGCCUCGAAAGGGAGCUGCGUAGGUAGACUAGAAGUAGUAGUUCCCGGCAAAAGAGAAUUUCUUUUUGAUUGAGUUCCAGGCUCCAGGCUUAAGAGCCGAAUUAGCCAUUGGGAUUGGUGUACAGACAAGACUGAUUGAGAUUCGUAAUUAGCUGCAAUAAAAGAAUACGCUCUUUCGACAGAGAAGUGAACGACUCCGAUCUGCAGAUGUUUGAGG